AUGUUGAAUCGUAACCUGAACCAGCUUUUCCCACCCAAACCCACCUUCACAGAACAGAAUUUGCCAGACCAAGCAGGCAGGGUGUUCAUCAUCACCGGCGGAGCAUCUGGCAUUGGACUAGAACUCGGCAAGAUCCUUUAUGCAGCUAACGCGACGACCUACAUCGCGACCCGCUCAAGUGAGAAGAUAGUCACGGCAAUAAAGACCAUCAAAGCCCUACAUCCAUCGAGCAAUGGCAAGCUCGAGCCGCUCGUGCUCGAUCUCGCAGAUCUGACAACAGUCAAACCAGCCGUCGAAUCCUUUCUUGCCAAGGAGUCGAGGUUGGAUGUCCUGGUACACAACGCCGGCGUCAUGAUGCCGCCUCAGGGCAGCACAACCGCCCAAGGCCACGAGCUACAGAUUGGCACAAACGCCCUCGGCCCGUAUCUUCUAACGAGGUGUCUGGAGGAAAGAUUUCGAGCUACCGCUCGGCUGGAAAGAAUGCCAAGAGGGAGCGUAAGAGUGGUCUGGGUCGCGAGUAUGAUAUCGCUUGGAGCACCCAAGGGUGGUGUGAUCUGGGAUGAGGCCAAGGGGGCGCCGAAGCUCUCUGGAGACUCUAUGAGCGAUUACAUGCAGGGGAAAGUCGGCUGCGUCUUUCUUGCUGAUGAGUUUGCAAGGCGAGUGAAGGAUGAUGGCAUCAUCUCUGUGAGUGUGAACCCCGGACUAGUCAAAACAGAGUUGCAGAGACACGCUCCAGCAGCAAUGAGCGUCGUCAUGGGUGUCGUGUUCAAAGGACCUAGACAUGGCGCAUAUAGUGAGCUCUUCGCCGCUUGUUCCCCCGACGUUUCGGUAGAGAAGUCUGGUUCGUACAUCAUUCCGUGGGGAAGGUUUGGAUGUAUCCCAGAAGACAUUGCCGAAGGGAUGAAGCCUAGAUCAAGUGGGGAGAAGUCUCUAAGAACCAAGUUUUGGAACUGGUGUGAAAGGGAAACCUUAUCUUAUCAAUGA